CUUUAAGGCCACACCCGGAAGUCGCCCUGGAGUAUAUAAAGCGGAACUGUACACAGACGAAACACGCAUUCACGUCCUAGUUUUUUAACGUUCUUCCAAAACCUUCUCAAUCAACAUGCAAGUCAUCGCCGUCCUCUUGGUUUGCUUGGCCGCUGCCAACGCUUACGUUAUGCCAGCCUCUUAUUUGGUCCGCACUCCGGCUCACGACAGCGCCAUCAUCCGCUCUGACCGUUUGGGUGGCAAUUUCGCUUACUCCACUGUUGAGGGACACGCAUACGCCGCCAUCACUCCAGUCGUCCAGCGCGUCCUCACCCCCGUAGGAGUUUCCCACCACGCCAUCGCCACCCCAUAUUUCGGCUAUCCUUAUGCCACUCAGUUCGUAGCACCCGCUCAAGUUGACGCUAAGGCUGGACAGGCUAUCUACGUUGCAUAAAUGAGAUGUUGACUCGCUGUCUUGUUAUUGUUGUUGAUUGAGAUUUGCAUAUAAACGUUUCUUGUUAUACCGAA